CCCUCGCCACUGCUCUCCCUAUCCCUCCCUCCCUCCCUCUUCGUGUUUGAGAAUUAUUCUAGGGUUUCGGAUCUUCGAUUCCCAUCUUCUUUUUUUCCUGAUCUCCAUCAGUAGUGGAACAGGAAGAACGGUGUGAUCGCAUUUGUAUCGAGGGGAGAAUCGAUCAGGGGUAGCUUUUCUUGGGGUGAGGAGGACGCAGGGUUCCACCUCUGGAUUCUUGUGGGUUUUGGUUGAUUUAUUUUGGUUUGAGGGUGUGGGGGGGUGGGGGGUGGAUAUGAGGUUGAACGGGGAGAUUUCGUACAGGAAUGAGGAGGAGAACGAGAUGGGUUCGGUUCUGCCGCCUCCGCUGCCGCAGCUGAAGCUCGUCGUGGGGUACGCCCUGACGUCGAAGAAGGUCAAGAGCUUCUUGCAGCCGAAACUGGAAGGGUUGGCUAGGAAGAAGGGGAUUUUAUUUGUUGCAAUUGACCAUACUAGGCCUCUUUCAGAGCAAGGUCCUUUUGACAUUGUUCUACACAAGGUUCGUCAUUGCUGCCCAGACUCGAACUCUCAGUUGACUGGAAUAGAAUGGCAACAAAUUCUGGAGGAUUAUUGGAGAAAACAUCCAGAAGUGACUGUCCUUGACCCACCGGCUGCUAUACAGCACUUGCAUAAUCGGCAAUCGAUGCUUGAGGGUGUAGCUGAUUUGAAUUUAUCAGAUUGCUAUGCAUCUGCAGGUAAAGUUGGUGUUCCUCGGCAACUGGUAAUCACAAAAGACCCCUCAACAAUUCCAGAUGCAGUUACCAAGGCUGGAUUGACACUACCUCUAGUUGUCAAGCCAUUGGUAGUGGAUGGAAGUGCAAAAUCACAUGAACUAUCUCUUGCUUAUGAUCGGUUCUCCUUGUCAAAGCUUGAUCCUCCCUUGGUUUUACAGGAAUUUGUCAAUCAUGGUGGUGUUCUCUUUAAGGUCUAUAUUGUUGGGGAAAUGAUAAAAGUCAUGCGGCGAUCUUCACUUCCUGAUGUGAAUAAACGCGAAAUAUUAAACAAUGCUGGUGUCUUUCAAUUUCCCAGGGUUUCUUCUGCUGCAGCCUCUGCAGAUGAUGUAGACCUGGACCCUAUUAUUGCUGAGCUUCCUCCCCGACCAUUGCUUGAGAGGCUUGGUAGAGACCUCCGUCGUAGACUGGGUCUUCGGUUGUUCAACAUAGAUAUGAUCAGGGAGCAUGGCACGAGGGAUCGAUAUUAUAUCAUUGAUAUCAAUUAUUUUCCUGGAUAUGGCAAAAUGCCAGGCUAUGAACACAUUUUCACCGACUUUCUUCUAAGCCUUGUGCAAAGCAAAUAUAAAAGGAGAUUGAGUAACAGCUGAAGCUGCAGCUGGUGAAAUCUUCUUCGAUCUGUAAACAUCAGGUGGAUGUUCUAACUAUCCAAUGCACCCUCUAAAUUGUCCAUGUACGUAGCUGUUAUGCGGCAUGUGAAGCUAGAGACUAACAAAGAUGCUCCUUAUCGGGUCUGUUUCUUCUUGGUGGUAGCUGAAGAUCUCAUUCAGUGGCAAUACUAGUUGAAGAUCCUUUACUGAAAUGAUUUAGGAAAGUUGUUUUUGGUUUGGAAAAAAGAAAAAGCGGAGUAGGAUUAGUUCUUGCUAUUCGAAUGGUUAUUCUAAAAGUGUGCUGUUUUGCUUAUACAAUUUCUGAAAUGCUUGGUCUCGGGAUCAUCUUGUGU